AUGAGGCGCCUGGAGCCAGCGGCCAGCUGUCCUUGGGGAGGGCCCGGCGUCGUCAUGCAGCGCUCCUCUCCUGCGGAUGCACAAAGCCUUCGGCUCGUCUCCUACACGAACACACAAGGCAAGAGGGAAAGGUUCCCAUUUGUGCUGGAUACCUACCGUCACCGCCUCCUCCACGACUUUCUGGCUUCCCCCUUUAGCUACAAAGAAGAUAUUUCCUUUGGAAGCGUCACUCCGGCACGUCGCCGGGACAGCUCCCGCAACACACGCAGGUGCGCCGUAACGCCGCCGCAGCAGCGGGCAGCGCACAGCAGGCGUUCCGGCGGCGAGCGAGCGGCCCCGGGCAGAGGGGGCGGCGCACCCGCCCGCGCCCACCCGCGUCCUGCUCGCGCGAGCCCCGCGCGCCGCGUCCCACCGCUCCUCAGCGACGGCCUCCGAGCGCCGCUUCAGGGGAAGCCCGCCCCGCCCGCGCCCGCGCCCGCGCCCGCGCCCCCCGCCGGUACCGAAGAACUCCAGCCAGUUCAUCUCGCGGAGCGCCGCGGGCAGCCGGAGGAGCUCCACGUCGUACAGGUUCUCCAUCUCCUUGACCAGGCGCUCCCCGUUCGUCCGCAGCUGCUCGACCCGGCUCCUCACUGCGGGGACGGACACGGCGUCGGACGCGGCCCGGGCCUCGGCGCGCCCGCCCGCGGCCUACCCUCCCGGUCGAAGUCCUUCAGGAAGGCGCUCAGCUUCCUGCCGCGCGCGCCCGCGGCCGCCUUCCUGCGGGCAGGAGCCAUGAGGGCCGAGGAACGGCGCGAGCGCACCGAGCCCCGCUCCUGCUCCCGCACGGCGCCACAGCACCGCCCGCGCCGCGUUCAACCGCCGCCCGACGCGCGCCUGCUGUCCAAUCAGAGCUCCGCGAGCGGCGGCGCAGCCAAUCGGCACCCGGCGCGGUGUGAUGACGCACGGCGCGGCGACCGCCCCCGGGCCGCUGUGCUGCGCCUGGCCGAGGAGCGAGCGGCGGAGCCGGGCCUGAGCGAGCUGCUGCGGCGCGGGCCGCGCUGCCCGUCGUUGGCCGACGCGCUGGAGGGCCUGCGGGACGCGGAGCCUUACUACCGGCACCUGCACCGUCCCGGGGCGGGGCGGGGCGGGGCUCCCCGGCCAGGGCUGCGGCUGCGGCUGCGUGCAAGGAGGAGUUUUGGGAGGCCACUCAAAGAUGUCAAAUCGGGGAUUCCAAACACUGUGCGCUGUGCUUCUGAGCGCUGCGUUGGCUUCCAUCGCCCCGGUACGCUGAAGGAAUAAGCGUGGCUUACAGUGGUAGUUCCGGAGGUCCGCGUACCCAGUCUUGGUACUGGCCGAGUUCCAGUCUGAACGGAAGCCCUUCAGAGCAACGUGGCAUUAGGAUUCAUGGCAUCAUAGAAUGGCCUGGGUUGAAAAGGCCCACCACGAUCACCUAGUUCCAACCCCCUGCUAUGUGCAGGGUCGCCAACCGCCAGCCCAGGCUGCCCAGAGCCACAUCCAGCCUCAUCCCCUGAUUUCCUGUUGUUCCUUGAAUGUGAGGAAAGACUGAGCUAGAAAGGACAUUCCUACUGAUAGAAAACUAAGUCAAAGCAGCACCAGUCUGUCACUGCUUCACUGAACUUAGUUUAGGUUUUAGGAGUCAAUGCUGAGCCUUUGAGUUAGGAAAUAACUGUCAAUGCGUCGUGCUGUACAACAGCUGACUUCCUGCUCAUCUUUCUGGUGUUAGAGUAUAUGGAAGAGAAUGCAACUAACUGGCAAAAUGCAAGCAAACAUUUGGCUGCAGUUCCAAAGUAAAAAUUGUCUUCCUUCCUCUCCCUUAUAGUCUAGAACAGUAAAAAAAAAGUGACAGAUGCAGAUGCCUGGCACGCUGAAAUUCAGCAGUUAGUAAUCUCUGUAUUUGGUAACUGUAGUGGGAUUCCAGGGUCAGCCUGAACCCAUGGGUGGGCUACUUGAGUGUGUGGGUGCCUGGAACGGGGGGGGAGUGGUCUGGAGCCACCCCUUCUGUCUCUGCAAUACUCCCUGUGCAUUCUGAGUCUGCGCUGGUCCCCUUUUUGUCCCCGCCCUUCUCUCCGGGGCGGGACGGUAAGAACGGGGGAGGGUCGCAAUCCUCAGCUCGUCCCUUUCUCCACACUGUUACCGGGAGGGCCAAAACUAAGUUCUAGCUACUGCAGAAGUGAAAACUGGAUGACCAAGUGGCGAGCUUUUAGUCCUUGGCUGCACUGGAGGAACAGGGGAACAAGGGAACAGGGGGCACUCACGGAAAUGCUCCUCUAUGCAGCGCACAAGGUGCGCGCUGUGGCUGUCCACCAUAUUGAAGGCGAUGCCCCUCUUCCCGAAGCGCCCUGUCCGCCCGAUGCGGUGCAAGUAGGUCUCAAAAUCUGGCUGCUUCUGACGGUUGAUGGGAAGGCCGAAGUUCACCACAAUUGUGACUUGGGCCACAUCAAUCCCUGAGUGACAGAGGAUUCUCAAAAAGAGCUUUCUACCACCCUAAAAGCCACCUCCCAACCCCUUCCGAAGGCUGCUUCUUAAUUGCUGUGCACAUUGGACAAGAUUGCUGCUUCACUUGCAUUUCUGAUCACUUUUUCUCUCAAAUUCCCAUUCUAAUCCCUCUUUCCUUGCCUUUCUGACCAAUUUUUCCUUGCAUUUCUGAUCAUUUUUUUCUUUUUGUGAUCACUUUUAACUUGCAUUAAUCAUCCCUUUUGCCUUUGAGUCCCCAUUGUGAUAAAUUCUUCCCAAUUCACAGAAUCACAUUGACAAAAGCCUCAUCUUUUGUGAUAAAGUUCUGCCUGUCACUGCAUGGCUGGAAACUUGAAGCAUGACACCUAAGUGCUUAAAACUGUUCAAAGUGAAGGGAUUUCCACAUGACAAGGCUCAGAGCAAAGGAAUUUUCAUAGGAGAUGCAAGCAGAUUUCCACCCUUCAGCGUGUCUGUUUUUGGGACUGACCUCUUGCACAGACAUUGGUGGUGAUGAGAACCUUCUCCUUGCCGUCACGAAACCUCUGGAUGACGUCAGCUCUCUGCACGAUGGACAGCUCUGCUGUCAGCAUGGCCACUUGGUGCCCGUCCUGAAUCAUCUUCACUGAGAGCCAGUCUGCACUCCGGCGGGUCUGCAUAAGUGGGAAAAGGCUGAACUUCCCUAGCAGUUCUGCAUCUGCUGGUCUCAAUCAGUGACCCUUCAACUUCCCCAAGUCCUUACUACCGCUCCUCUAGCUUAAUGCCAAUACAUCACUUUACCAAAUCCUUGCUUGCUCAGUGCCAGUCCUUCACAUUCCCAAUGCCUAUGCUCCUUUCCAUUGAGCCCCUGGUGCUUUGGAAUGUGCAGAGCCUCAAAACAAGGCAAAAACAAGCAAGAAGUUGGGACACAAAGUGCCUUUGUUAGGACACAAAGGAGCAAAAAUGAUGCAGCAGGGCAAGAAGUUGGAUCACAAAGUGCCUUUGCGAGACACAAAGUAUAAAUGUUGAGGAAACAGAGCAUGGUUUCCAUGCAAUGCCCACCAUGGCAGUUAAGUAAACGUGGUCUCAACUAUUAGGCACUGUUACCACACUGAGUUUUAAAUACUGUAUGCUUCCCAUCCCUCCCUUGCAUUCACUGUAGCAAUCUGUAGAGCCGCAAAGGUCACUCUUGGGUUGACCAUGCCAGACAGAUCACUAGUUACUCACUGCUUGCAGAUGAGAUGUACCUGGCAGAAGAUCAUGGCCUGGCCAAUGGUGAUGCUGCCAUAAAGGUUGCAGAGGGCCUCGUACUUCUGCUCCCAGUUCCUGCAGACAAAAUAGUACUGCCUAAUGUUGGUCAGAGUGAGCUCCUCCUGUCGCAGCUUGAUGAUGAUGGGCCUGGAGACAAUCUGCAGGGCAAAUUUCCAGAGAGUUUCCUUGAAGGUGGCGGAGAAAAGCAGCAUCUGGCAGUCCUUGGGGAGAGCCCUGAGGCAGAAGAAGAGCUUGUCAGACCUAGCAGCUCAUUAGCACUAAGGAUUCAUUAAAAAGAGGAACUACAUAGCACUGUGGACUCGAGUACUGACAGUUUGUUAGCCCAUGGAAUUCAUUAGCAUUGAGGACUCAUUUACACUAGGAACCUAUAGAUUAGCACUUUUUGGUGAAAAUUUUACAAUUUAACAAUGAAUGCAAGUCUUAUGGGAAAAAACAAACACAUUUUGGAGAAAGCAAGCCCUUUGUGAAAAAUCUUACCUUCUUCCUCUCUCCUUUUGCAUUUUCCCAUGCCAAAAGCAGAUUUCCAUGACUCACCUCUGGAUGCGGAUACUCUGGGAGGAGAAUCCCUGCGUGUCAAUCAUGACGUCAGCCUCGUCCAGCACAAACAUGCAGAUCCUCCUCAUGUUGAGCAGUCUCCGCUUGAAGCACCAGUCCAGCAUGGUGCCCGGUGUGCCGAUGACAAUCUGCUCCUCCAGCACAGUGCCUGGGGACACUGCCGGAGAGGGUGCAAAAGAAGGGAAAGAGAGGGGCAAAGGGUGCCAAAAAAGGGAGAAAGACACAGGCAAGUGGUGAGCAAAAGGGAGAUUGGUGAGGGGCAGGAAAAAAAUGUAGGAAAGAGAUGGGAAUGAAAACAAGAAAAGGGAUGGACAAGGAACAAGCAUGGAACAGUAAAGAAAUGGACAAGGAAGAAAGAAGGCAUGAACAAGGCAUGGGCAAGGAAUGGGCAAAGCAAUGUGCAAAGGGGUUUCCAGUGGGAUACAGACUCAACAAAUUAUGUGUUUCUGUCAGUUUGAUCAUGUUUGUCCCUCACUUCCUCAGCUCCAAAGAGGAGCUCUAUCACAGGUACCAAUUUUUGAGGUUGGUGCUUCCCUGCAGCUUUUUGAGGUUAGAUACCAGCAAAAUGGGUGUCUGUGUCAAAAAGAAGCCAGUGGUCAUCAGGGUGGCUCCUUAGCAGCAGCACACGUGAAUGCAGGCUCCUUCAGCAAGCUGUGCUUUAGGGCACUUUAGGGCUUAUGGAGCAUCCCUAUGUUCACUUAGGGAUUGCUAGCUGCUGUAAUCACUCAUCAGGGCUGGACUAACCUCUGUUGCCCUGCACAGCGUAGGUGACCCUGAUGUCAUUGCAGAACCGCCCCAUCUUCUCUGCCACAUGGCCAAUCUGCAGGGCCAGCUCAUAGGUAGGAGCCAGACAAAGGCACUGGGGAGGGGAGAGAGGUAUUAGGCAGCAGCCAGGCAUCAAAAAGCACUGAAAAGUAUAAAUAAGCAGCAACCAGGAAGCUGCAGAUUAUAACGAGCAUCAAUUAGGAUGUUUAAUAUUAGAGACUUCAAUAAACUGUAACCAGGAUGCUCAGGAUCACAGUGAGCAGUAACCAGGAUGCUUGAGUUUAUGAUGAGCAGCAAUAAUGAUGCUUGAGCUUAUGAGGAGAAGCAAUGACAAUACUUGAGACUAUAAUGAACAGCAAUUAGAAAAUGGAGACAAACCCAGAGCUCUGCCUGCAGACACCCCAAAGCCAUACAUAACAGGAGCAAACCCAGAUCUCCGCCCUCUUCCAGUGGCUGUGCCCCUGCUGUAUACCUGCGGGUACCUCUCAGCACCUUUCACUCUGCUCAGCAUUGCCAGGACAAAUGCUGCUGUUUUCCCUGUCCCGGACUGGCUCUGUGCAAUCAGAUUUUGGGGUCUGCAAGGGAAAUGUUAGCAGUAAAAGUCUGGGUCUCUGUGCCAGCACCUCACAGGGGAUGCAGAAGUCUGAGGCUGGUUUAUCCCUUCCUGCGAGCUCAGGACUCACGGAUGUGCCAUCAAGAUGGGCAGAGCAUUCGCCUGGAUCUUCGAUGGCCUGUUGAAGCCCAUGGUGUACACGCCUUGUAAAAGCUCCUUUUUCCUGUGAAAAAGCACAACCCGGGGCAUUGUAUAGGAACUGGGGUGUGUGAGGCCAGGUGCUGGGGAACUCACAGGUGCAGCUCCUCAAAGGUUCUGAUGGAGAAGAGUGGGGAGGAGGGGUCCUGCUGCAACACCUCCACGUGGUGGCUGUUCUCUACCAGCGAGGUAUGGAGCAGCUUGUUGAGCAGCGAACUCUCAGCCAGGUCUUCUGCAAAGUGGGGACAAAUGUGCAUUUGUGAAAAUGCACAAAACAAAUUCACAAAUUGAAUUUGUGAAAAGAAUGGAUAAAUUUGUGAGAAGAAUGUAAAACAAUGAAUCCACGAAAAAAGGGAUAAAUUAUUUGAGAAAAAAAGUAGCGUGAGAAAAACUGAUGAUGAAUUUGUAAAAUUCAUGAUAAAUUUUGAUGAAUUCAUGAUGAAUUCAUGAUAAAAUUGUGAGGAAAAAAAGGAAAAAAAAAAACUCAUGAAGAAAUUGUGGAAGAAAAAUAUGCACUGGAUUCAGUAAAAAAAAAAACACCCCAAAACAACCAAAACCAGGAUGUAUCCAUGAAAAUUUCUUAGAAAAGAGCACCAUGAAUUUGUAAAAUAAGAGUAACAUGAAAAAAUGAUGACUUCUAGAAAAAUUUGUGAAGAGAGUGCAACAAAUUCAUGUAAAAAGGUGAUGAAUUAAUGAAAGUCACAAAAAAAAAAGAAAUUGUGAAAAAUGUGUGAAAUGUCUGAAAAAAAGGUGAAAAACCUAAUGAAAAUAUUGUGUAAAAAGCAAAACAAACAAAAAAUGGUGAGCAGUAAGAUCUCAUCCAUGUCUUCUAAAUAGGGAGAACAACGCAUGAAUUUGUGUGAAAGAAGCAAUAUAUUUGUGAAGAAGUUAAAAAAAUGAAAAAAUAAUGAGAAAUGAAAUAAAUUCAUGAAAAAAGUAGUGGAAAAAGAAAUGAACAGGUGAAAAAACAACAAAUUUGAGGGGAAAAUACAGGAACCUGCAGGAAGAAGUGAAAAAAAAAUCAUGGGGAAAAAAACAUAGAAAAAAAGUGAAAAAAUGUAAAGAAAAGUCUGAUUAGUUUGUAUGAAAAAAAGAUUGUUAAAUAAUGGGUAAAUUUGUGAAAAGAAUGUGUAAUAGAAAGCAAUGAAUGUGUGAAAAAAAGGAUGCAUUCCUCAAAAAAAAGCAUGCUGUCAAAAACUGGUAACAAAUUUGUGAAGGAAUUGGGUGAAUUCAUGAUGAAAUAAAAAAACAAGUUAAAAUUCACGAAGAAAUUGGGGUGAAAAAAUGGAAUGCAUUCAUGAAAAAGAAACCAACAUGAUGAUACAAUCACUAAUAUGAUAUAGUGAUAUGAAAUAUGAAUGACUAAUAAUGAUAUAAUGAAAAAAAAUGUUGAAUUCAUGAAAAAAAGUUUAAAUAAUUUUAAACAUACAUGAACUCAUGAAAAAACAGGAGAAAAAAUCAAUAUGUUUAAAAAUGAUAAAUUUGUUGGGGAAGAGAGAUAAAUUCGUGAAAAAAAAAAAAGGCUGGAUUCAUAAAAUCUGUGAAACAAAGCAGUUUAUUUGUGCAAGAAAAUGAAAAAGUCCUGAAAAAGUGAUCAUUUGUAAAAGAAAAAAGUUUGUGAAAUAAGGGAUGACUGUUAAAAAUUUUGAGAUAUAAAGUCAUGUAUUUCUGAAUAUUUUCUGGAAAAAAGGAAAAAAACUCGAUGAGAAAUGAUAAAAAAGUCUUCCAUGAAUUAAUGGGAAAAAAAUGAUAAA